UCCUCCACCUCGUCUUUUCUCUCUCUCUCUCUCUCUCUCUCUCUCUCUCUGGUGUUGGCUUUCUCAUAAACAUAAGAGCACACAUUUUCACUCCAAAAAAACACCCUCUGUUUUUCUCCCCUGUUUUCUACCUCCAAUCUCUCUCUCUCUCUCUCUCUCUCUCUCUGAAAAAAAUGACUAAUCAGAAUGUGGUGGUUUCGGAUGCCAAAUCGGGCAUUGGCAUGACCAUAACCGGGCCCGCGAAGAGCUCGUCUCUGUUCACCGCGGUGGUUCCCAAGCCUCCUCCGGCUGCUGCGGCCAGGUACAUAACCAUUUCGAGAAAGAAGCCGUCGAUGAAGCUUGAAACUGGUGUUGGUGGGGCCAGAAUAAUGGGUGGUAAUUGGGUUGAUUCAAUGAGAGACUCUUCGCCAACUCGAAAACCCUCCAGUCCAUUUUCUCAAUCUGAUCAAGACCAUAUCAGAAACUCUUGGAUGAGUCGCUAUCCCUCUGCUUUAGGGAUGUUCGAGCAGAUUAUAAGAGCUUCAAAUGGGAAGCAAAUAGUGAUGUUUCUGGAUUAUGACGGUACUCUCUCACCGAUUGUCGAAGAUCCCGAUCGAGCUUUCAUGACCAACGAGAUGAGAGAGGCUGUGAGGGACGUUGCAAAGUACUUCCCUACUGCCAUUGUUACUGGGAGGUGCAGAGCCAAGGUUUAUAACUUUGUAAGGUUAUCACAGCUUUACUAUGCUGGUAGUCAUGGCAUGGACAUCAGGGGACCAGCAAAUGGAAGCAAGCACAGAAAAGGCAAUCAUGCAGUUUUGUUUCAGCCUGCCAGAGAAUUUUUGCCCAUGAUUGAUGAGGUUUAUAAAGCAUUGUUGGAGAAAACAAAAUCCACCCCGGGGGCAAUGGUGGAAAACAACAAGUUCUGUGUAUCUGUACACUACCGAUGUGUUGAUGAAAAGAGUUGGAGUGCAUUAGCAGAGCAAGUAAAAUCAGUGCUGAACGAGUACCCAAAGCUUAGGUUGACUCCAGGAAGAAAGGUUUUAGAAAUCCGUCCAACUAUCAAAUGGGACAAGGGAAAGGCCCUUGAAUUCUUGUUGGAGUCACUUGGUUACACGAAUUCUAAUGAAGUUUUUCCGAUAUAUAUCGGAGAUGAUCGUACGGAUGAGGAUGCAUUCAAGGUGUUGCGCGAUAGAGGACAAGGGUUUGGGAUUCUGGUGUCCAAAGUUCCAAAGGAAACUAAUGCCUCCUAUUCUUUGCAAGAACCUUCCGAGGUUAUGGACUUUCUGCGACAUUUGGUGGAAUGGAAACAGUCUCUGCUAUUGGCGCAGUAGUUGGUGUAGUGUAGAGGACAAAUUAAAGAAACUAGCUAAUUCCCCAUCCCUAGUUUUUUUCCCCCCUGGGCUAUUCCCAGUGAAACUCUACUCGACCCCUCAAAGAUUUGGCAGCGGGGUGGGUGACUAUAAUGUAAUUUUACUGUUCAGAUUACAAUUGAUGGAUGGAAAAAAUAAAAAAUAUCGUACUAGUGUCAGGG